UUGACAUUGAGUAAUGUCUAAAUGUUUCACCCUCAACACUAAAAUCAGUUCUAUCGCACACACAGAGUGGGCUUUACUGAACAUGGGGGGCUUUUUCCCCGGGUGGGAUUCAAACAAGAACCGCCACUGACCGUAGGAGGGGUAACAGAGGUAGAGACCUCCACGCCCACCCUGCCUCUCUGUCCCACAUUUCCACGGGUCUCUCACUCCUCUCCCCUCCCUCACAGUCUGAAGGACUCCGGCUUGACUCGCGGCUGAAUCCUGGAGUAAAGAUGCGGGCGGUCGGAGCCGCGGGUGUCGCUGAGCUGUGGGCCGUGCUGGCCGCCCUGGUGGCCGGCGCCGCGUCCGAGCUGGUGACGCUGGUGCAGGAGCAGGUGAAGCCCGAGUCGCCGGUGCUGCCGCCGAAAGUUAUGAUCGCGAUCCUGGCUCGGAACGCGGCGCACAGCCUGCCGCACUACCUGGGCUGCAUCGAGCGGCUGGAGUACCCGAAGGAGCGCAUAGCGAUCUGGGCAGCGACGGACCAUAACGUAGACAACACCACUGCCAUGUUGAGAGAAUGGCUGAAGAAAGCGCAGCGCAUUUAUCACUAUGUGGAGUGGAGACCGAUGGAGGAGCCCAGCUCCUACACAGAUGAGUGGGGUCCGAAGUACUGGCCCCCUUCCAGAUUCAACCAUCUGAUGAAGCUGAGGCAGGCGGCCCUGAAGGCUGCGCGGGAGCGAUGGGCCGACUACAUACUGUUUGCUGACAGCGACAACCUGCUGACCAACCCUCGAGUGCUGAGCCUGCUGAUGGCCGAGAACCUGACGCUGGUCGCUCCCAUGAUGGAGUCUCGCUCUCUCUACUCCAACUUCUGGUGCGGCGUCACCCCGCAGGGUUACUACAAGCGAACCCCGGACUACCAGCCAAUCAGGGAGUGGAAGAGGCUCGGCUGUUUCCCUGUUCCCAUGGUGCACAGCACCUUCCUUUUGGACCUGCGGCGCGAAGCCAGCCGAGACCUCGCGUUCUACCCACCUCAUCCGGACUACAGCUGGGCCUUUGAUGACAUCAUGGUGUUUGCCUUCUCGGCACGUCAAGCAGGCGUGCAGAUGUACGUGUGCAACAGGGAACACUACGGCUUCCUGCCCGUCCCGCUCAAAGCUCAACAAAAUGUGCAGGACGAAACUGAGAGUUUCAUACACACCAUCUCAGAAGCUCUGAUUGAACACGACAUGGAGCCGUCUCAGUACAUCUACGCUCCGCCGUUACCGCCAGACCCAAUGGGCUUCGAUGAUAUUUUCCUGAUUAAUUUGAAACGCCGUCUGGACAGAAGAACCAGGAUGUUGAAAACAAUGGGCGCCAUGGGCCUUCGCCCCACUCUGAUUGAUGCGGUGGACGGGAAAGCUCUAAAUACAUCCCAGCUGCAGGCAUUGGGAAUUGAGAUGUUGCCAGGCUACAAGGAUCCAUAUUCUGGUCGCGUCCUCACCAGAGGGGAGAUUGGCUGCUUCCUGAGUCACCACUCUAUAUGGAAACAGGUGGUUGAUCGUGGCCUGCAGAAGGUUCUGGUUCUGGAGGACGAUGUGAGGUUUGAACCCAGGUUCAAACGAAGGCUUCAGGCCAUCAUGGAGGACGUAGACAGAGCCCAGCUGGACUGGGACCUCAUCUACGUGGGAAGGAAGCGAAUGCAGGUGCAGCAGCCGGAGCAUUCAGUGGAGGGUGUGAACAACCUGGUAGAAGCCGACUAUUCCUACUGGACCCUGGCCUACGCUCUCUCACAGCAGGGAGCCCGCAAGUUGUUGGCGGUGCAGCCUUUCACCAAGAUGCUCCCUGUCGACGAAUUUCUUCCCAUCAUGUUCAACAAACACCCCAACGUUCAGUACAUGUCCCAUUUCGAGCCACGGGACCUGAAGGCCUUCUCCGUGGAGCCGCUGCUGCUCUAUCCCACCCACUACACCGGCGAGCCGGGCUACAUCAGCGACACCGAGACCUCCACCAUCUGGGACGACGAGGCCGUCGCCACAGACUGGGACCGGCAGCACGCCCGCAAGACGGCCCAGCAGGGCCGCAUCCGGCCCGUGGCGCAGAACAGCGUCACCGGAGACUCGCCGCCUCCCGCUGCCCGAGCCUCGCGCGACGAGCUCUGAUGGAUUCGGACGAGAGACUCGGUGAACGUCCCACAUGCGCGCGCUCGAAGAGGAAACCGGUGCUGGGAUACUGUACAAAGGCGUUCAUGCCAAUUGAAAACAGGUGGAUUGCGGCAGAAAUCAGACGAGCCUCGUAUCUGCCGCUCCGGGGGAAGGGACAAGGCCCGCAGAUUCUGGGACGAAGGCCAGCACGACUUUCACAAAGAGCCUUAUUCAUUCUCCAUGUGUCUCCUCGGUGAGUGUGGAUUAAGUCCUGGCCUGAAUGACUUUACACAUGGAAGUCAGCUGACAGCAUUUACAUGAUGUGAAAAGAAAGGAAAUCAAUCUUUUGUGAAUUCAUUUUUGUUUCAAAAGGAUUGUUACUUUUUAUUUAAGCGGAACAGAUGUGCAUCUAAGAGACUGCUGCGGAAAAAAGAAACCUAAAGCUGACCAAAAACUUUUUUUUUUUGUCACAAAGCUGUGCAUCAACAAAUCUACUGUAUUUAUACUUAGGUUUUGCUCGCUGGUUCGUAUUUGUAAUUCUUACAGAACUGAGUGUGGGUGGGAGGACGGAGGCUGACGUUUUGUACCCCAGAGUCAUUUUUCAGAUGAUGUCAUGCAAACAGGAAAAAAAAAAAAUAAAGUAUAAAAAUAUGCAGCGGUUCCUUGCCAAGCAGCAGGGCAGCAACAGAUGCUUUUCAUGGUCUAAAGUUUUUUUGUUGCAGGAGGAAGAGGAUCUUUCAUAGCAGGCUGGUCCUGCUUGGUUAAUAUUUCAGGGCAUCGUUUUGUUGCCACGGAAACAAACAAAGUUUUAAUCAGUUCUGUUGAUCUUACAAAAACAUACGAGUUUGUUUUUCUCUCUAAAAAAAAGACUUUGGAUUCUUCUCUUGAACACGGGCUCUUCUUUGUUGAGUUGCGCUGCAGAGUUGGAGCAAUAAAAAUGGCUUCUUCACUUCUCCUUUAUCUGCCUCCGCAGACUAAGCGGGCAGAUGUUAUCUGUCUUUUUACACUCUUUCGGGUUGUUGUUGUUGUACAGACAUGGCGGUAGUGUUUGGAGACAGUAAAAAAAGAAAAAACCCUCCCUCAGCCAGAUUAAAACUCUUGAGACAAAUCACUUGUUCUUCUCUGCUGGGCUAAAAUAGUCAUUAACUUUGUGUAUAUUAUUGUUUAAAGGGUUUAGAACAAGCAUAACUUUCCUCUGAAUGUUCCCAUGACCUCCUGGGAAUCUCCUGUAAUGAAGAUAAUGGGAUUACACAGAUGGUGGUGAAACACAAUAAAAGCUUAGGCCUCCCUGUUAAUUUAAGGUUUUGAGCGUGGAUCGUGUAGGGAACAAUCCGUCUUUGUGGCCUGCUGCCUCCUGGUGUUAGACCAGUUCUGUGAAAUAUGUCUCACAGUUUUAUGCAUUUGCAGUUUCCUGCAGAGGUUCUCGCACACGUUCGGCGUUUUGCUGGGAUUUUAUGUCUUAGACCAAGAAACUAGAUUCACAACUUUCAUUUUUAACUGUUCACAAAUAAAAGAAACUCCCAAAAAUGGAUACCGGUUAAACCGCUUGCUUUCAGAGGACACCCUGGCAAAUGUGCAGAAUUGGAAACAUCUCAAUGAGAACACAGCUGUUCUGCAGAAGCGUUUAAGGAUUUACAGAGAAUGUUGUUGAACACACAGCUUCAUGGAGAUCAAGGAGCACAUCAGAGAGAUUUUGAAAAAAAAAAGUUCUGCAGAAGUUUCAAUGAGCCAGUUUGUGACAGUCGGAUCUAAUUACACUUAAAACACGAUCUGUGUCAAAAACUAACACCGCUCACCAUCCUGAACAUAUUGGCCCCACUGUGGAGCAUAGUUGUGGCAGCGUCAUGCUGUGGGCAUGUCUUUCUUCUAAAAGUCCAGAAAGAAAUUCAGAAUUUGACAAAAGUUCACCUUCCAGCCAGAUAGUGAACCUAUUUGCAUAAUAAACAUGUUCAAAUUGUUUUUAUCAAAGUGAUUCAGGGAGGCUGAAGUUAAAAUGCUCUGAUUAAUAUUUAGGUUAAAAUGUCAAAUUUAAGUUUCUUUCUGUGUGUAAGCUUUGAAAACAAAAACACUUUGACGUUUGCAGCUGAAUUAUUUUAAAAUGCAAAAAAGAAAAAGAAAAAAGCUUAGGGGUGUGAAUACUUUUGUAGCAAUCUGUAUACUUGGUGCAGAAUAAGGGAGAAAAGUGAAUGGCUAAUUUGAUUUAUUGAUUGCUUUCAGCUGGGUUGGAAUACAAAGUAAAAGAAAAAAAACAUUUGGUUAUGUUUAGACAAAUAAUCUGUGUUGAAAAUACUGAGUCAAAAUAUAUUAACUAUCCUUCUAUUUGUACUGCUGUGUUGCCAUAAAGUACAUUUUUGUCGCUGUUAAGAAUUAUUUGUAGGUUUCUUCCUUUCAACGCUGGAUUUGAAUAAACUUUUUUGUCCUAUGCUGCCAUC